AUGGAUCCUUUUACCAUAAACUCUCCCGGGUUUACUUUGCUCUUAGCUUUGCAGAGCAGUCCAGCAAUGGACUGCGGCUUUGCUGAGGCAGUAGGCAACUCUCCCGGGUUAGUGAAACCGGUUGUAAAGAGAAAGUGGUCAACAAAAGAAGACCUAGUGCUCAUCAGUGGUUGGCUGAACACGAGCAAGGAUGCUAUUGUCAGUAACGAGCAGAAGGGAGGAUCCUUUUGGAAGAGAAUUGAGGACUACUUCAAUUCAAGCGCUCAGCUCACUGACUCCGUUGCUAGAGAGUGGAGUCAGUGUAAGCAGAGGUGGGGAAGGGUGAAUGAGCAGGCUUCCCAUGACAUCUUCUUUAAUGAUUACCAUGUGAAGUUCACCAUGGAACACUGUUGGAGGGUACUAAGAUAUGAUCAGAAAUGGAAGUCAUACUCGAAGUCCAGAGAUGGCGCGAAGGAGAAAAGGAAGGAGAAUGAAGAGGUGAUGCCUGAGGAGGAGGUUAGACCGGCGGGUGUAAAGGCUGCGAAAGCAAGUCACGGGAUUGUCAUCAUGUCUGGAUCACAGGUUGCUAUGUCUGAUGUUGCUUGGCUGUUGUUGCUUUUUCUCUAUGGAUGCAGUGUAGUAUUUUGUUAG